AUGAAGAUCUAUCUACUCGCUUCCGUCUUGCUCAUCGCCGCAUAUCAAGUUCAUGGCCAGAGAGAAGAGUUCAAGUGCCCCGACGACUACGGGUUCUACCCGCACAGCUUAUCGUGCGACAAGUACUGGAAGUGCGACAACAAUGUGGCUGAACUAAAGACUUGCGGUAACGGUCUGGCGUUCGACGACACCGACCCCAAGUACCUGAAAGAAAACUGUGAUUACUUGCACAACGUUGACUGCGGCGCCAGAUCACAAUUGGAACCUGCCGUCGGCGGACCCCACUGCCCUAGAUUAUACGGAAUCUUCCCUGACGAUGUCAAGUGCGAUACCUUCUGGAACUGUUGGGGAGGCGAAGCUAGCAGAUACCAAUGUUCUCCGGGUUUGGCUUACGACCGCGAAUCCAGAGUAUGCAUGUGGGCUGACCAAGUACCAGAAUGCAAAGUCGAAGAAGUAGCAAACGGUUUCAACUGCCCGGCCGCCGGAGAAUUAUUGGCUUCAGUGGGAUCUUUCAGCAGACACGCUCACCCAGACGACUGCAGAAAGUACUACAUCUGCCUUGAAGGCACUCCCAGAGAAUACGGUUGCCCGAUCGGCACAGUUUUCAAAAUCGGCGAUUCCGACGGUAGUGGAAGCUGCGAGAGCCCCGAGGACGUUCCCGGAUGUGAGGAUUACUACGGCGACCUGGACCUGAAGGCGAUCAAGAAGAGCGAACUGUUGUCCGGGCUGGACAACAAAUCCAAACAGCAAUCGUCAUCGGCUGAGUCCAAGGCGGCGCCCAAGCCACAACCCCAGAGGCAGCAACAGCAAUCCAACAGGCCGCAACCCCAACAGCAGCAGUCCAGCAGGCCACAACCCCAACAGCUCCCAGCCUCCUCACAGUCAUCAAAAGACUACGAAGAUGCUUAG